CAGAUCUUCAUGUAUUCAUAAAUAUUUGUACGAAAAGUAAAUUUAAAAUCAUGACUGUUGCACACAAAUGGUGGAAAAACUCCACUGUCUAUCAAAUCUGGCCGGCUUCCUACAAAGAUUCCAAUGGAGACGGUGUUGGUGAUAUUCCAGGUAUCAUCUCUACUUUGGAUUACCUUAAAGAUUUGGGUGUCGACGUUAUUUGGUGUAGUCCUAUGUACGACUCCCCACAAGAUGAUAUGGGAUAUGAUAUUAGUGAUUACGAAAAAGUUUAUGCCAAAUACGGUUCCGAUGAAGAUAUGCAAGCUUUGAUCGAUGAAACACACAAGCGUGGUAUGAAAUUGAUCUUGGACUUGGUCAUCAACCACACUUCCAGUGAACACGCUUGGUUCAAGGAAUCCAGAUCCUCUAAGACCAAUCCAAAGAGAGACUGGUACAUCUGGAAGCCACCUAAGUACGAUGCCGAAGGUAACAGACAACCACCAAAUAACUGGGGUUCGUACUUUUCUGGGUCUGCUUGGGAAUACGAUGAAGUCACUGACGAAUACUACUUAAGACUUUUCGCUAGAACUCAACCAGAUUUGAACUGGGAAAAUGACGAGGUCAGAGAAACUGUUUACAAGUCAGCAAUGAAGUUCUGGCUCGACAAAGGUGUUGAUGGUUUCAGAAUUGAUACAGCAGGUUUGUACUCUAAGGACCAAUCAUUCCCAGAUGCACCAAUCAGUUUCCCAGAUCUUGAAUACCAACCAAGUCACAAAUAUGCUCACAAUGGUCCAAGAAUUCAUGAAUUCCACAAGGAAAUGUUUUCCAAGGUCACUGGUAACUACGAUGCUAUGACAGUUGGUGAAGUUGGUCAUUGUUCUCGUGAAGAAGCCUUGAAGUACGUUAGUGCUAAGGAACAAGAGAUGAACAUGCUUUUCCUUUUCAAUGUUGUCGAAGUUGGUUGUGAUGACAGCGACCGUUUCAGAUACAAGGGUUGGAAGUUGACCGACUUCAAGAAGGCUUUGGAAGGACAAUGUACUUUCAUCGAAGGUUCCGAUGCUUGGUCCACCGUUUUCAUUGAAAACCAUGAUCAACCAAGAUCCGUAACUAGAUUCGGUAGCACUAAGUACCGUAACGAAUCUGCCAAGUUGCUCUCCUUGUUGCAAACUACUUUGACUGGUACCCUUUUCAUCUACCAAGGUCAAGAAAUUGCCAUGGAAAACUUACCAAGAGAUUGGUCUGUCGAAGAAUACAAGGAUAUCAAUACAAUUAACUACUUCAAGGAAUUCAAAAACAAGUACGGCAAUGACGCCGACUACAAGGAAAAGGAAGAAAAGUUGAUGGACGUUGUCAACCUUAUGGCUAGGGACCACUCCAGAUCUCCAGUUCAAUGGGACUCAUCUGCUCAUGGUGGUUUCACAACUGGUACUCCAUGGACCAAAGUCAACGACAACUACCCGACCGUUAAUGUCGCCAGUCAAAUCCAAGAUCCAAACUCCAUCUUGAACUUCUGGAAGAAGUCCGUUCAAAUUAGAAAGCGUUACCAAGAUUUGCUCGUUUUCGGUAAGUUCGAGAUCUUGGACUUUGACAAUGAAAGAGUAUUUACCUAUGUUAAGAAGGACCACAAUUCGGAAUCUCCAAAGGCAUACGUUGUGUUGAACUUCUCUAGUGACUCUGUCAAGUUUGAAAAGUUGCUUGAUGGUAACUUCGAGCUCGUUCACUCCAACAUUGCCGAUGUUGAAGAAUCCACUUUGUCUCCAUACGAGGGUCGUCUCUACAUUGUUGAUUAAUUUGUAGUUUAGGAAGAUACAUAGAAGGAUUGGGAUAGAUUUAGAUUUAAAAGUAGUACAUGCACAUUGAAUAAAUAUUAUAUGC